GUUUUGUGACUUCUCCAAUGUUUCCAGAACUAAUCCUAGAUGACGUCCCACGAGGAGAAGAAAGCCCUGCCCCCGGUCGAGGUGCUGCCGGGAGGAGUCUUUCCUGACGAGAUCGCUGCCAUCAAGAAGAAGGCCCGUGGAGAAAACGUACGUCGUCUGAAGAUCGGCAUUGCCGCAGGCAGCGUGAUUCUGGUGAUAUUUGCAGUGGUGGGAGGGACCUUCCUGGGGCUCCACCUCAACCGCAAACCCGCUGUAGUGACGCGCUCGGUGAAACUAGUGAUAGAGGAUGAGAUCGUGGAAGAGACAGUGCAAGUGGACAAGGAGAAAGACACCGAGAUUUUCCGCACGGUCAGCUCCAAUGGGACGUCCUUCGUCAUCAGAGACAUGAAGACGGGCUUCUCAGCCUACAGGUUUGAUGGGGAUCAGAAGUGCUACGUCCUCUAUGAAAGUCUAGAGGAGGCAGAGGACACUGCGGAGCUAUCGAAGGACCUGGAACAGAUGGAAGAGGGCGAAAUUGACGCCGCCGAGCGCCGAGCAGACACGUUCCUGACUGUGGACGAGGCCCGUGGGCAGGUGGACCGGGCGGUGCUGAGUGAGAGCAUGGCGGAGUUCUGUGAGGGUCUGCAGGUCCACUGGGCCGUCAGGUCUGACACCGAGCCCACACCCACUCCAGAGGCUACUACUGAGGAGCUCGAGGAGGAAGAACAAAUGGAAGUGGAGGUUCUCCCUGGAACCAACGGGACAAGUGCUGUGCAGAAGCGUGAGAAACGCUUUGUUGCGGGCCUCGUCUGUAACUGGGUGUUGAAACGCGUCUGCGAAUACACCUGCAGGAGGGUGUGCGAGGGGCGUCGUCGCAGGGGUCUGGUGGACAAGGCACCGGGACAGGAGGUGAAGAAGCGCGCCAAACGUGGUUGGUUUUUCGAUGUCCGCCGUGUGGUGAGGAAGGUGGUGUCCUUUGUCUGUAGGGCUGUCUGCGGUUGGGGAUGUGGUUGGCUUAGGGUCAAAGUUUGUACCCUGGUCGAUAUCUGGCUCGGCUAGAAAUACAUGCAUGGCAUUAACAACACAACAAUUAGUCUUACUGUCUUUGUCCUGGAUGCAGGUGUUAGUCUACUAAAGGUUGUCCACAAGAACGUAAAGUCAUUAUGUAACCUGCUAUAGAGCAAGUGGACAAAGGAGAAAGGUGAAGCCCAAAUUCAUUGUAACAAUUAGUGUGGAGUAACAGGAGGUAAACUUUCGUAGUAGUUUUGUAUUGCAGUAGUACCACAGAAGGCCUGCAUUCAAGUUAUUUCACAGGACCUACAUUCUUCUAGGUUUUUUGUGUCCAUUCAGAUAUCUGAUAGCCGUUUUGAGAUUGCAACAGUUAAGGUGGCAUUACUGGAGAAACUUGAACCAAUUUUACGGCUGUGCAAUUGACAUUAACAAGCAUAAGCAAUAAUGUUGUUCUAACGGUGUAAACGGGCAGUUGGAAAUGUGUUAUUUGUUUUGAAUAAA